AGAGAAGGCUGCACGCGGCGAGACAAAAUACACUGGAAAAGUCCCGGAGAGUGUUGGAGUAUAUACAACAGUGUGAAGCCGAAGAUGAGAGGAAUCAAGCCUCCAAGAAAAGACGCAUCCAGAUGCUACUCUCGUCACAACAUUUCCGCCGCAAACCAUCGGUCUGGGCGCACAACCGAUCCUCGGAAUGGUGGGAUGUGAUUGUUCCCGGCUUCACAAACGAGCAGUGGGUGGAGAACUUCAGGAUGUCUGAAGAAACGUUUGGCUUCUUGUCCAACAAACUGCGUCCAGUUUUGGAGCGGCAAGACACCAAUUUCCGCGGAUGUGUGCCCCUGAAGAAGAGAGUGGCCAUUGCACUGUGGAAGCUCGCUACUGGCUCAGAGUAUAGGAGUAUUGGACAUAUUUUUGGAGUCAGCAUCACAACUGUGUGCCGGUGUGUGCAGGAUUUUUGUGCUGCAGCAGAGACAUUGUUGGUGCCAGAACAAAUCCGUUUUCCAGACGAGGUGAAGUUCCGCAAAAUGGCUACCUACAUUGAGAACAGGUGGGGGCUCCCACACUGUGUUGGUGCGAUCGAUGGAUCCCACAUACCAAUCCUUGCACCACAGGACUAUCACUGUGACUUCUUCAACCGUAAAGGCUGGCACUCCAUCCUCCUUCAAGGUGUUGGAGAUGGAAAGGGGCUGUUUUGGAACGUGUUUGCUGGACUGGCAGGGAGCAUGCAUGAUGCCAGGGUUCUGAGAGUGUCCAAACUGUGGGAGUUAGCCAGCCGAGGGAACCACUUCCCAGCUCGCACCAGGAACAUUGGAGGGGUGACUGCUGGCUAUUACAUCCUAGGAGACUCAGCAUAUCCUUUGCAGAACUGGCUCUUGAAACCCUUCCAAGACACAGGACGACUUACAGCAGAACAGCAGAUGUUCAACAGAAAAUUCAGUAGAGUAAGGGUGGUUGUUGAAAACGCUUUUGGCCGGCUUAAAGGAAGGUGGCGUUGCCUCCUGAAAAGGAACGACUCUGAUCUCCAACUGGUGAAGUCUAUGGUUAUGACUUGCUGUGCUCUGCACAACCUUUGUGAAAAUCAUGGAGAGACUUAUGAGACCGAGUUGACCGAGUUGGAUGUACAAUCAGCAGAGCCUGGGGUGGCAGUGGCACAGGAUGUAGAGGGCAUCAAUGUACGGGAGGGUCUAAUGCAGUUCUUGUUGGCGAAUAAUUAACGUUAAUUAAUGUUAGAAUACAUUUUGAAUUUGCCAUGUAGGUAUACACUUCACAUUUUGUAUGUUG